CCAACCGGAAGUGGAGAGACUGACUUGACAGUCAGCUGGAGGAGAGCCGAGCCGUCAUGUCGCUGCGGUUCACAGAUGAGGAGUUCCAGAGCGCCUGGAGAGAGCUGGACGAGCCGCAGCUGGCCGGGGGAUGGGAGCUCUUCACCGAGACCAUGGGGGUCCAGAUCUACCGGCUGUACGACAAGGAAACUGGUCUUUAUGAGUACAAAGUGUUUGGUGGCCUUUCCAGCUGCACCCCAGAACUGUGUGCAGACGUCUACAUGGACUUGAUGUACCGGAAACACUGGGAUGGAUAUGUGAAAGAGCUCUAUGAGAAAGACUUUGGUGGACAGACGGCGAUCUACUGGGAAGUGAAAUACCCGUUUCCUCUGUCCAACAGAGACUAUGUGUAUGUGAGGGAGAGGAGAGACCUGGAUGUGGAUGGGAGGAAGAUCUGGGUGAUCCUGGCCAGAAGCUGCCCAGAGUUGCCAUGUGCAGAGAAAAGUGGCGUUCUGCGGGUCAGAGACUACAAGCAGAGCUUUGCCCUGGAGAGUGAUGGGGCUGCUGGGACUAAAGUUUUCAUGAACUACUUUGACAAUCCUGGUGGGACCAUCCCUACUUGGCUGGUAAACUGGGCAGCAAAGAGCGGCGUCCCAGGUUUCCUAAAGGACAUGCAGAAGGCCUGCAGCGGCUACAAGCACUACUACCAGCACAAGUGAAGUCAUCUGAUGGGAAAGUGUCCACCACUGGGCUGGGAUUGGUUUUUAUUGCUGUAUUCUUUUGUUGUGGAGGGAAUUUCAGGGUUGUGUGUGAAUUUUUUUUUUUUUUUUGCAACUUCCUGUUUACUCAGGCAUGAUGUGCAUGACCUCACGAAAAAGGCGGGUGUGAAUUGAAUGUAUGAACCAGACCAAGCUGUCUCAGUGCGCACUCACGAGCUCCAGUUCCUCUGGGAUUCAGCGGAUUUGAAUCUGAAUGACCUGUUGUAGCACUGGAAAUCAUUAUGUAAAAUACCAGCGGUUUUACAGGUUUAUUACUUAUGCAAGAUUAAUUUUUUAUCUCAGAUGUUUUAUUUUAGACUGAACAUUACCUUUGACCUCUUUCUAAGGUGAAUGGUUUGUUCAGUAAUAAGUGGAAUAUUACUGUGUAAUAAAGAUGUCAUUGUCAA